CUUAUCAAAGUGGCCCCCACUGAGACAAUCACCACACAUGCAUUUCUCCAUUACACAAUGCAGGAGUUUUUUGCAGCACUGUGGCUGCUGAAGAAUCCAGAUAAGAUCAGGGAUGUUUUUCAGCAGUGCCUCACUGAGGAGAAGAAACACAUGAAACAUCUGAUCCCUUUCAUGUGUCGACUGCUGACUGACAAGAGCCCUAGUUUGAUGAAGCAUCUGACUCCAGCUCAGCAGCUCAAGAACACGUCUGACUGGUUCUUCGAGGAACUGAUAACCACAUUUUCCCCUCCUCUCAGUAAGAAAGACAUAGGUGAUAGCGAGGACAGUGGGCUUGAUGUGGACAUACUGUUCUUAUGUCAGUGCUUCUAUGAGUCCCAGUGUCCUGAAGCAUGUAUCUGCUUUCUGAAGAAGCUGGACUACCAUCUUGAUCUCAGUGGAGAGAGUCUCAAGUUUUACCUUUGCUCUGCUGUGGCCUACGUGGUCACUCAGUCGAAGGAGAGGAAAAUAAGUCUGAACCUGGAGGACGUCAUGGUGUCAGAGCAAGGAAUGAGACAACUAUUAGGAUGCCUUCAAAAUGUCCAGUGGUGUGGCCCUCUGCCACGGCAGCUGUGGGAGAUUUUCCUUCUCAGUGAGGACAGAUGGCAGAUGGACCACACCAGCUUACUCAGCCUGGAUGGAAAUCAAUUGCACCUUCCAGUUGAGGGUAAAAGACGGCUGUUUGAAAGAGCAGUAAAAGUCAUGCAGAAGAUCACUACGCAGCUUAAUGUCUGCCUCCACUGGGACAGGAAAACUCCUGCCUGCCAAAGUCUGUGCGAGUCUCUCUUAGAGGCUUUACCAUUCAUCCGCUCACUCAGGUAUGUAGCUUUUGUUUUUGUGUGAUGCUGAUUCCACAUUAACUUUAAUCUUUUUGUAAAACCAUUAAUGUUGAUUUUUUUAGCCUUAUUCCAUGGUCAGAUCAGACCUGCAGAUUUGGGUGUGAUACAUCAUAAAAACCUUGUCAGCUACCUGGACAGCUUCAGGUGGGGAGGGAGAGAAAGAGGCUUUGUUAGGGUAUCACCACCUCUAAUACUAAAUAUUACAAAUAAAUAGUAAUAAAAAAUAAAUAAUUUAAGGCUGUUACCAGAUACUCAAGAGACAAUAGCUGCUGAACUGAAUGUGCUGUCAGGAUGUGCACUCCAGUUCAUCCACAGCCAUUCUUACACCAAAUCCACAAACAGUAAU